UUCAAUUAAAUACAAAUACUGAGCGUUAUAUAUAUACGUUUACUUUUCGUUAGAAGAAAGGUUUUGUAUCUAUUAGUUUGUAAAAGUAUGUUAUUUUUUUGUGAUACCGCAUUAUAACAUUCAAAACGAGACUUAAAAUGAAUGACGCUACCAUUGUUGAGUUUGGUACUGUUUUGGAGGGAUUUGAAUACAAGAUGGCGGUAGUCGGUAUUAUGCAGUUCUGAACGUCAGUUUACUGCAGUUUACAACCGGUGUGCCAGAAGUUGUAAAAGAAGCGUGCGUCUCAUCGUGCUGAGUUGCAUGUUGAGGAAUCAAGAAAGUAAGAUUGGAAGUGUAUUACUGUCUUGUUCUAAAGUCCAAAAAAAAGUGAGGAAAAUGUCUAAAGCGGAGGAAAAUGUGGAUACUGGGGAUACCGGAGACAACUCCAACGAAUCUUCAGCAGAAACCACAUCUUCUAGAGGUGGAGAUUUUGAAACAAAACUCGAAACAGAUCGAAGCAAGAGGUUCGAUUAUUUAUUGAAACAGACUGAGAUAUUUUCUCAUUUCAUGACAAACAACCAGAAAGAUAAAGCUGGAAGUCCACUAAAGGUUAAAGCUGGUAGACCAAGAAAACAACCUGAAAGUACAGUUAAGGUUGAUAUAGUUGAUCAUAGACAUAGAAAAACUGAACAGGAAGAAGAUGAAGAACUACUUGCUGAAAGUAAUGCCAAUGUUGCUCCUACUACUCGUUUCGAGUCAUCCCCACAUUACAUCAAGUCUGGGGAGUUACGAGAUUACCAAAUACGAGGACUUAACUGGAUGAUCUCACUAUACGAGAAUGGAAUUAAUGGUAUUCUUGCUGAUGAGAUGGGUUUGGGAAAAACAUUACAGACUAUAUCAUUACUAGGAUACAUGAAGCAUUUUCGUAGCAUUCCAGGACCACAUAUUGUAAUUGUACCUAAGUCUACUUUGGCUAAUUGGAUGAAUGAAUUCAAAAAGUGGUGUCCUACUCUUAGAGCUGUCUGCUUAAUUGGUGAUGCAGAGACAAGGAAUACAUUUAUUCGAGAUGUUAUGAUGCCUGGGGAAUGGGAUGUAUGUGUUACUUCUUAUGAGAUGGUCAUCAAAGAAAAAUCGGUUUUCAAAAAAUUUAAUUGGAGAUAUAUGGUUAUUGACGAAGCUCAUAGGAUAAAAAAUGAAAAAUCAAAACUAUCAGAAAUAUUAAGAGAAUUCAAAACAGCUAAUAGAUUAUUACUUACUGGUACUCCAUUGCAAAAUAAUCUACACGAACUCUGGUCUUUACUGAAUUUCCUAUUGCCAGACGUUUUCAAUAGUUCAGAUGACUUUGAUUCAUGGUUUAACACAAACAGUUUUCUAGGCGAUAAUUCUCUCGUUGAAAGACUACACGCAGUUCUUCGACCUUUCCUCCUUAGACGUCUUAAAUCUGAAGUAGAAAAAGGUCUCAAACCAAAAAAGGAGAUCAAAGUCUACAUUGGACUUAGUAAAAUGCAAAGAGAGUGGUACACUAAAGUAUUGAUGAAGGAUAUCGACAUCGUAAACGGUGCCGGUAAGAUUGAAAAAAUGCGGCUGCAAAAUAUUUUAAUGCAGCUGAGGAAAUGUUGUAAUCAUCCGUAUCUAUUUGAUGGUGCUGAACCUGGUCCCCCUUACACAACGGAUGAGCAUUUGGUCUACAAUUGUGGCAAAAUGGUUAUCCUGGACAAGCUACUACCAAAACUCCAACAACAAGAAUCAAGAGUGCUGAUCUUCAGUCAAAUGACUAGGAUGCUGGAUAUCUUAGAAGAUUACUGUCACUGGAGGAGUUUCCAGUAUUGUCGCUUAGAUGGUAACACAGCCCACGAAGAUCGUCAACGACAAAUCAAUGAGUACAACGCUCCAGACAGUGAAAAAUUCAUCUUCAUGUUGUCCACGCGUGCUGGUGGGUUGGGAAUCAAUUUGGCUACCGCCGACGUGGUAAUUAUUUAUGAUUCUGAUUGGAAUCCUCAAAUGGACUUGCAAGCGAUGGAUCGAGCACAUCGUAUUGGACAACAAAAACAAGUACGCGUCUUUAGAUUCAUAACAGAAAACACAGUUGAAGAAAAAAUCGUCGAGCGUGCUGAAGUAAAAUUACGAUUGGACAAGCUGGUCAUUCAACAAGGUAGAUUAGUAGAUGCUAAGCAGACAGCACUGAACAAGGACGAGAUGCUGAAUAUGAUCAGGCAUGGUGCGAAUGAAGUAUUCGCAUCCAAAGAUAGCGCCAUUACUGAUGAGGAUAUAGAUACAAUUCUUCAAAAAGGAGAAGCCAAAACAGAAGAGAUGAAACAGAAGCUGGAAAGUCUUGGAGAGUCAUCUUUGCGAAACUUCACAGUUGAUGCUCCUACAGACUCUGUAUAUCAGUUCGAAGGAGAAGAUUAUCGUGAAAAACAGAAGAUACUUGGUAUCGGUAAUUGGAUUGAGCCACCAAAACGAGAAAGAAAGGCAAACUAUGCUGUAGAUGCUUACUUCAGAGAAGCAUUGAGAGUGUCCGAGCCAAAAGCACCAAAAGCACCAAGGCCACCAAAACAGCCUAUUGUCCAAGACUUUCAAUUCUUCCCACCACGUCUGUUUGAACUGCUGGAUCAAGAGAUUUAUUACUUCAGACAAACAGUAGGUUACAAGGUUCCUAAAAAUCCAGAAUUGGGAUCUGAUGCUGCCAGAAUACAGAAGGAGGAACAAAGGAAAAUAGAUGAUGCCCAGCCUUUGACUGAUGAAGAAGUUACUGAGAAAGAGAAACUGCUCACUCAGGGUUUCACCAACUGGACCAAGAGAGACUUUAAUCAAUUUAUCAAAGCAAAUGAGAAGUAUGGACGUGACGACAUUGAAAAUAUUGCAAAGGACGUCGAAGGCAAGACACCUGAGGAAGUCAUGGAGUACUCAGCAGUUUUCUGGGAACGUUGCCAUGAGCUUCAGGAUAUAGACAGAGUUAUGGCUCAGAUAGAACGUGGCGAAGCGAAGAUACAAAGACGUGCAGGUAUUAAAAAGGCACUAGAUGCCAAGAUGGCGAGAUAUAGAGCGCCAUUUCAUCAGUUACGGAUAGCUUAUGGUACAAACAAAGGUAAGAAUUAUACCGAAGAAGAGGAUAGAUUUCUGGUGUGUAUGCUGCACAAACUUGGCUUUGACAAAGAGAACGUAUACGAGGAAUUACGAGCUACUGUCAGAUCAGCACCCCAGUUCCGUUUUGAUUGGUUUGUUAAAUCUCGCACGGCUUUAGAAUUGCAAAGAAGAUGCAACACGCUGAUAACAUUAAUAGAGCGUGAGAAUCAAGAACUCGAGGAACGUGAGAGACAAGAAAGAAGGAAGAAAGGUGGCAGUGUCGGUACGAAACCGGCUUCAAAAAGGAAGCAAGAAAACCUACCUGCACCUCAAGAUAAACCAAGAAAGAAGAAGAAGUGAUUUUUUAUAAAUCAUGUGUCAUAUACUGAUGUACUCUUUAAUCUAGACUGUCCAUUUUUAUGAGUAUUUAGGCCACCGACGAUACAGACACACAAGCAUUAGUCACUACGUUGUCGUAAUUCUUGUACUACAAAACGAUAUUUUACAAGUGAAAUGAUCAUUACGAAUAAACACGAUUGUCACCAUGA